GGCUGGCGCGGCUGGGCUGCUGCGGCAUGGAAGGGACGGCGAGCAGCAGCGGCUCCUCCUCCUCGGUCGUGGCGGACUGGAGUUUGGUGUUUUGGACGCUGUGCUCUGUGAUCCUGCCCGUGCUGAUCACCUUGUGGUGCAGCUUCCAGCGGUCCCGGCGGCAGGUGUUGAUACGAGACAUCUUUCGCAAGAGCAAGCAUGACUGGCACUACACAUACCUCUUCGGCCAGCCCUCCUACUGCUGCGUGUGUGCUGAGCACAUCCUUCGGGGUGCCUUCUGCAACUGCUGCGGGCUGCGUGUCAGCGAAGCCUGCCUCAAGAAGGCUGACCAGCUUUUUCUCUGCAAGGAAAUUAUGAUGAGGAGCAAUGGUGCCCACAGCUCUAUGCCGCACCACUGGAUCAGGGGCAAUGUCCCACUCUGCAGCUGCUGCAUGGUAUGCAAACAACAGUGCGGCACACAGCCCAAGCUCUGCGACUACAGAUGUGUGUGGUGUCAGUACACUGUACAUGAUGAAUGCAUGAUGGAUUGUUUAAAGACUGAGGAGUGCACAUUUGGAGAAUUCAGAGACUUGAUUAUUCCACCAUACUACUUGUCUACAAUCAACCAGAUGCGUAAAGACAAAAGGACAAAUUAUGAAAAGGUAGUACCUUACUGCAGAAAACACUGGAUGCCAGUAAUCAUACUGGCUAAUACUCGUAGUGGAAACAACAUGGGUGAAACUUUGCUAGGAGAAUUUAAAAUUCUGCUGAACCCUGUUCAGGUUUUUGAUCUAAGCAAAAUUGCACCUGCUAAAGCACUCCAACUUUGUACCUUGCUGCCUUGCAAUGCUGUCAGGGUUCUUGUCUGUGGUGGGGAUGGCACAGUAGGCUGGGUCCUGGAUGCAAUUGAUGAAAUGAAGAUAAAGGGGCAAGAACGUUAUAUUCCACAAGUUGCAAUUUUACCUCUGGGAACAGGUAAUGACCUGUCUAAUACACUGGGCUGGGGUGCAGGUUAUGCUGGAGAAGUCCCUGUAGAACAAAUCUUACAAAAUGUCAUGGAGGCAGAUGGAAUCAAACUAGACAGAUGGAAGGUUCAAGUAACAAACAAAGGAUACUAUAACUUAAGGAAACCAAAGGUAUUCACAAUGAACAACUACUUUUCUAUAGGACCUGAUGCUCUCAUGGCUUUAAAUUUUCAUGCUCAUCGUGAGAAGACUCCCUCUCUGUUUUCCAGCAGAAUUAUUAACAAGGCUGUUUAUUUUUUUUAUGGAACCAAAGACUGCUUAGUACAAGAAUGUAAAGAUCUUAACAAAAAGGUUGAGCUAGAGUUGGAUGGUGAGAGAAUUGAGUUACCCAAUUUGGAAGGCAUCAUUGUCCUGAACAUUGGAUACUGGGGAGGUGGCUGUAGGCUGUGGGAAGGAAUGGGUGAUGAACCUUACCCCUUGGCAAGACAUGAUGAUGGACUUCUGGAAGUUGUUGGUGUUCAUGGUUCUUUCCACUGUGCCCAGAUUCAGGUGAAGCUAGCAAAUCCUGUUCGCCUAGGGCAGGCACAUACAGUAAGGCUGAUCCUGAAGAGUUCAAAGAUGCCGAUGCAGGUGGAUGGAGAGCCGUGGGCUCAGGGGCCCUGCACUGUUACCAUAACUCAUAAGACACAUGCACUGAUGUUGUAUCACUCCGGUGAGCAAACAGAUGAUGACGCUUCCAGCGUGUCCGAGCAAGACCACAUGAGAGAACAGACGGAUGAAGAUGUAUAGAUUUUGCAGAAUUUAGUGUAAUACAGUGAUGAACUUCAGCUCAUUAAAACCACUGAGAACAUCUACUCUAGAUUAAGGUUUAUGCCAAAAGGUUCAUAUGUGUGAAUGAACUAAAACUGAUGAAAAAGCCAUGCUUUUAUGUUCAUGAAAACUCACAGCUGAAUUACCACAACUGUUUUGCCUUUUAGAUUGGUGGUGAUGCCCAGCCUUUCUAGCUGGAGGAGCUGAUUAAUGCCAGGAAAGAGACAGCUACUGCAGCUUUCCUUGCUGUGGAAUCAGAUCUUCUGCACACACCCAGUAUAGUAUGCAAAAUGUUUGAUAUCCUUGGGAAGGGGAACAGCUGGGAGUUCAGCCUGCUUCCACCUGCCCUCUUCCCCAGAACAGAAAACCAGACCAAGUAGGAUGUGGGCUGAUUUUCUGACAACAGUCUGCUCCUGGCUGACAUCUCUUCUUGGGAGCAUGACAAAAAUACUUUUCUGUGCACCUGCUUGUUGCAGUGUAUAUGUAAUAGGCUCAACUGGGAGAGCACAGGGUCUUGGAGAGAUGGUUAGCAAGAAAGAUGCAUUUGGACCAAAGGUUUCUGGAAAUGUUCUGUUAGCGAAUGACCUUUUUCAGUGGCUUUGUAAGCCAUAGAUGGGAGUACUCUUGGGGUCCUGAGUACCCAAGAUACAACUUCAGAAUAAUUGUACCAUGACUUGCACUGAAUGAUCCUGUGACUGACUGCUUCAGUUCAGUGAGAUACUAAUUCUAAUUUUUGUAAAUAGCAACAUCGUAGUUCUUGAGGAGGCUUUCUGGAGGAAAACUUGGACAAAGGAGCUGUCUUUUUUAGCUGUUUAGAGGAGGGUUAUGAUUGGCAAAUGUGGGGGGUUUUUUAAAGGCUUGUUAAGGAUCUUGCUUCAUAAUUACCUGAAAAUGAUCAAUAGUAAGUCAGUCUGUUAACUAUUUCAAUUCUAAGUGUAGAGGUCAAGAGCUAAGUUUGCAGAGGUUAGCAAGUUCUGGCACUCAUGUCUGAUCUGAUUGUGGAAAAAAGCAUGGAAGCUUAUUUUCUGACUGGCUCUUAGGGGGUCAAAGAUACUUUGUUGGACCUGAAACUUCAUUUCCCAUACAAAUAUAGGGUGAGAAAAAGAUUGGUGGUUUAUACUGAUAGAGGUUAAGAACACAUCCAACAGUACAUGGAAACUGUCAGUCUGGCAUAUCUGAAGCUUCUCAGGUUAAAAGCUUCUCAGGUGAAAACAUCCUCAUUGUUAACUGAAGUAAAAAACAGCUUCUUUUUUGUUUUCUGUUGGUAUUUUAAGCCUGCAGCAGGUGAGAGCUAUGAAUUUGUCACCAAGUAAUUCAGUGAGGUCCAGCUGAGUUACCGAAAGUUAUCUUCCAAGUAGGAAGAGGAUUUGUGCUGAAUGUAUACUGCAUAAGCCAAGAUCGUAAGGGAAGUUUAUAGCUUUGGUCUGAACUUUGAAUGCUGCUGCUGCUGUUGUCAAAACUCCCUCAAUCUUUUUUUUUUUUCCUUUAUGCUAAUUGAAAGCGAUACCAUUGGAUAAAGUAGGCUGUGUUUCUAGGUUUUGUAAAAUGAAACUGUUUUUCAACAAUCUAAAAUGAUGUUUGCAUUAAUGGUGAAUGAACUAUUUAUAUUUUAAAAUAAUUUAUUGAAACCUUGGCAAAGUCAGUAUUUUUAAAACCUUCAAUUGUAAUCCUCUUUGGAGAGCAUUUUUAACUUGAUGGUAUUCGUUGUAGAAAGUGUAUGUACUCAAAUCUUAAAUACUACUGAUUAUCAGUGAAUUUAUAGCUGUCUGAAAAUGUGAUUAGAGCGUAAUGAACUGUAAAGCAGAAGCUGUUUGUAAAUUCCAUAUUCAUUAGCCUUAUACACCUCAUCUUAAUUAUUUUAUUGUAUGUAAAUAUAGAGAACACAUUAAUAGUUAAAUCUAUGUAAAAAGUGUUUAAAAUACCCAAAAGUAUAUUAUGUUAGAUAAAUCCACUACCUGUUUUUUAGUUAUGAAGUUCAAUUUGUAUUAGCUUAAAAAAUCUUACUAGUUACUAAUUUUAUUUUAAUAAUGUCUAACCAUCAGCAUCCUAGAAAUAGUUAAGUUCUGUGCUAUGGUUCUUAUGUAACUGUUGUUUACAAACAAAUUACACUUCUCUGGAAAAGCAGGGUAUGUGCUAUGAAAGGCAGUAUUUUUCUCAAGAGAAAUGACACCACUGUCUACUUCAUCUAAACUAUUCAUAAUACAGUUUAAAGAGUGACCUGAUGUUGAUCAGAUGAUUGUUCAAAUGGAUCAGAUGAUUAUUCAAAUUGUUUAAUAGCUUAAGAACCUUAACUGUUCAAAACCCACUCUUUGAACUCCUGGCACCUAGGGGGGGGAAAAAAAAAAAAUCAAUGCCAAGACUUUGGAAGCCACCCUUUUUUCCCCGUAGAUGAGCUGGCUUCUCCACUUGUGCUUUGCCUGAGUGGGUACCAGUGAUGUUGUACUGUGUUUGUGCAGGCAAGGUCCUCCCACUUACUGCAGCUUGCUAGGAGUCCAGUCCUAACCCUGUGAAAUCUUUUCUGGGAAAUGUAAAUCCAUCAUUCCUUUUGGAGAAACAAAGGAGCAUCAGAAGUCCAAGUAGCAUCUGAUUGGGUGCUUGUUUGGGAAAACCCCUGUAAAUGGUCUUGUUCUACUGGACAGAUCAUCCCCUUGCAUGUAGAAGUGAAGUUUGUGUUUCACAAAUUGACUGUUAGUGAUUGCAGCAAAUGAUGGGUAGCAAAUGUAGCCACUGUAAGCAUGUGGAAGCAUCUUGUAAAAUUGUGUUUAUGGUUUGGAGAAUAUUCUGUAGGUUGAAGUGUCUAAUUCCGAGUCAGACAUGGGGUUAUCCUAUUGUAACUAUGUGUAGCUUUCAUGUGCAUGACAAAAAAAUUUCUUUAAACAUACAGCAUUACCACUAGACUCUGCUGGGAAGUCUUGCUAUUUCCCAGAUGCUGUUCUUUGAUUUCAAUGUAUCCUCCUUUCCAGUAUGUUGCAAAUUGGGUGAAAGCCUGUUUUUAGUUAGUUUUGUGGAACUGUUUUAAGUUUUAGUCCAACAGUAGAUGUCAGCAGUGGGCUCCAGGUUCUAAUGCUAGCAUAAAUGAAAUUCUUUGAUUUGUAAUAUAGCUGUAGCUGCUUAAUGUUGUCAUGUGUGUGUUGUGACUGUAAAGCUGUUACACGCUUUUUUAACGUUGUAGGUGCAUGUAAAAGUACAAAUAGCUAUUCUGUAGCUCUGCAAAAAGAGUGGAAACCUGAAAAUGCUGCAGUAUGUUCUCUAUCCAGAAGAGGGUACACUGCAGCUGGAUCUCAUGUCCUGCACUGAAGAGUAUUUCCCUACCCUGUCAAUGGUUAACAUUGGAAAAAUAGUGAAAGUGAUGUUUCAAAAAGACAAAUAUUUAAUAGUUUCUUCUGGGAGUCUUCAUACAGUAUACUGUUGUGUAAAACGUACAGGUGAUUAAUAACGUCAAUUGUCAAGCACUCAAAAGUAAAUUCACGAAGUUUAUUUUUAAAGUUUUAGUGCUGCAUACACUAGCUUAACUCAAGUUUGGUCAGAUUCCAAUAACUGUCUUUACUGUAAGUUCUCAGUCCUGUGACAUGCAAUACAAAAAAAUACUUGUGUGGAGAGUCCUGUGACCUUCCUGCCUUGCUCACACCUCGCUUGUUUACACACACAUUGAGGAUGUGUAUGUGUAUUUUCAUCUGCAUAGAAGUUCUCCUCAUCGGCUUUGUUUUACAUUGUGUUUUCACUUCAGCAAUUCAUAGCAGGGUUAAACUGUUUCAAAUGCCACCUGCAUUUUGGAUCUCUGCGUUUUUAAAACCAUGUCUGAAGUCCAGACUUGCAGUCUUCACAUACAGCUGAAAAGCAUUCACUUGUAUUUUUUUUUUCUAAGUAUGUCUGGUUUUUCUGGGUUUAAAGCAGGGCAGUGUUUAGAACAUGCUAUUAACAGCACUUCAGAAUUAUUGCAGUUAUUAAAGAACAUAGUCUUGUGUUUUCUUUCUACUGCAAUGGCAAUAUUUCCGUUUAAAAUUAAUUUGGAAUUAUGUUCAAAUUUGAACAUUUUUCUCUGCACUGUUAUCAACUGCAUCUCAUGUUCAUAAUGUAAAGACUGUAUAGCAUAAUUUAUGCAUUUGAUACUCAUUAUAUGUUCACUUUCAGUGUUGUCCCUUCAUACAUUUUGUUUUUUUCCCCAGGUCUUGCUCUUUUUAGGCACCAAGCAACUUGAAACACCAUAGUGUUGGUCUUAGUUAGAAGCUUUAAAUAUUUGCUCCUGGAAAACAGACUUGAAUUUCUCCUGGUUGCAAAAGAAAAUGCUACAACGUUUGAACACACUUUGAGAAAAUAAUCUUGUUGAGGCAAUGAUUAUAGUAAGAGUAAAUUAAGUUUCUUCUGUAUAUAACUUCUGCUAAUUCAGACUGAGAGUUUGUUCACCCAUAUAUUUGUCUUGCAAGUGUUUACAACUACUCAGUAAGUACUUCUUUCCCUCAGUCAUGUAAUUACUCAUUUUAUUCUGGCUCACUUUCACCUAAAAAUGACAUUUUGGACAGUAUCAAAAGCUCUGCUGAAAUUGGGAUAGUGAGCUUCUUUCUUCUUUCCACUUUAUCCUUCAUGCCAGCUAGCUUGUCAGAAAAGAAAAUUGGAAUGGCUACACACAGUUUAUUCUUAGCUUAGUAACCCCUCUGUUUGGCUUUUUCAGUCACCAUCACCACACCUGGAAUAUAUUCCAAAGGUUCCCAGUCCCCCUGACCUAUUUUGAAAGUACAUUUUUUGCUCUUUGCUGCUGGGGAAGAACUUCCCCAUCCUCCACAGGUUCUGAGAACUGAUAGUUAAAGGUUUUGGUUUCAGUUUGGCCAGUUCCUUCUGCAUUAUGUUGCACUGAAACCCACAGCUUUGAUAGUGUAUAUUAUUGUAUCUCACUGGUUAAAAAAAAAAAAAAACAACAAAAACCCCAACAACAAAACAAAACCACCUUAAACCACUUGUACCUUAGCUGUGAAGGGCAUAGUGGUAUCAAUGUUAUAAUGGUUACUCUUAUACUUGGCAACAAAUGCUUUAUGGUAGAGCACCACUGUAACCUAGUUAAUCUAUGGGUAAGAGUAGGACACUUGGGAAUCUGCAUGUGUUCUGAAAAUCCUUUUUUGUUCUGUAUUUCAUAUCUACUAGCAGUUUUCUUCCUUUUAGAAAAGAUAAAAGAUUUGACCCUUCAGUUAGGAGUAUACUGGGAUAUAUACUAGGGGUAUAUUAGUAUGUGACCGAUCCUGUUGAAUGUGAACCACUUAUUUAAAAAUGCUCUUUUUUCUGAGCAAUGAUAGCUGCUUCUUGAACACAGGAAUGAGACAACAGAGACCCACUGUUCAUUUAGCAGCUAAGCAUAUUGAGAGAAUUUACACAUUCUCUAUUUCAACUUCAUUUAGGCCACAGUUCUAAAAGCACAGCUAGAUCAAAACUUUAGCUCACUAAGAGUGCUAAAUUCCCAGUUCAGGUUUUGGGCAUCUCAGGGAGAGACUUCUAGCUGGAGUAAAGCCACGUGACUUGACUAAUCCUAGUGAUGUUAUGCAGACUUACGUUAGCUGAGGAUCCGGCCCUUAACUGUUCAAAAGUAUGAAUGUAUUCAGAAUUUUACUUUGUUUCUUGUUAAUACUGCUCUGUAUACUGUGCUGUAUACCCUUAUUGCUGUACGUAAUUCAUUUUUUACAUUGUUUCACUUCGAAUUUGUUUGUAGAUUUCAGAAUAGAAAUUUUCUUUUUAAGAGUAAGUGGGAACUUGCAUUGUGAGUGUAUUGGAUUCUGUAUCUCCAAAGUUUACAUCCCUCAAAAGCCAUUUUGUCUGCUACCAACUGUUGUAAUCCUUAGAGUACCUCCAGCCAUCUUAUCUUUAUAGGAUUUUUAUAGUUAAACAGAAUGGAUUUUUAUUUUUGUAGCUUGUAACUUCAAUAUGUAUAGUAGUUAUUUCUAUUUAGUUAUUAGUGAUCAGAAUACUGUAAAAAUGUUACUUUUAAGAGCUGUAACUUUAAGUCAGUAAUAACUACUUGCAAGAAAAUACCAGCAUGUUAACAGUUUACAAAAAAAAAAAAAAAGUUGUUAUUUAGCUUGAAAAUACUGUGAUGCUGUGACUUGGGAUUUGUAUUGAAUGUGUUUAUGCAUAUAUUCUGAAGUUGCACGAAAUAGGAAAAUAAUGAGCUUAAAAUGUAGUAGAU